GGUCCCGGUGUCUUGGGCGCGGCUUGGAUUUGAAACUGGAAGAUAAACUGCCAUUGUAGCCCUUCAUCAAAUUCUUAGAGAGCGGAAGACCCCUAAAGGGAGAAACACCUAAUUAAGUCCCAAUUAGUGACCCAAGAGGUGCUGGUGCCGGGGUGGCUUGGUCAGGACGUUUUCUGCCUCCCCUGAUGGUGAAGUGGACGUAAAUCGGACGUAAAUCCAGAGUUUCCUGACCCCAGGACCCACUCACUCACCGAUUCCUUUUGACCCCUUUGGCUCAUUUACAGCCCUUCCUCCCCAGAAACCAAUAUAGGCCAGAUUCCAAACAGACUGACAACUUUAUGGUCAGAUUAAACCACCAAGUCACCCCACUAGGGUGUCGCUAGUUUGGGAUCUACCUGAGGCAAGGGUUGAAGCAGGAAGACCAGCUAACGUGUUAUUUGGAGGGCUGUAUGUUGGGGAGCCUAAAAACCAGAUGCAAGGGGUGGAGAGGAACAGAAAUGUUCAUGAUGAAGUUUCCACGGGGGGCUAGGGAUGUUUCCGCAAGGGCACUGAGAGAGGGUGGAAUGGGGAAGGGAGGAACCUGUCCGUCUUUCCCCUUCCCCCUCACUUUAAGCCCCCUCCCCCCACCUGUGACCGGAACUAAGGUGGUCAAAGUCUGCCCUGCCUGAGGUUUUAAAAAAAAAAAGAUUGAUUUGCUGUUAGCCGGCAGUAACGAGGUUUGUGGAAGGAUUGGCAGGAGAAGGAUUCAGGAGGGGGCGCAAGCAUGGAGCAACUUUGGGGUCUACUGCAGAGAGCGCAGCACUGGUCCCCAAGACCCUCUCAGACCAUCUAUAAACGUGUGGAAGGCCCUGAUCUGGGCCACCUGGAGGAGGAAGAGGAAGACAGGGAGGAAGAGGUCGAGUUGCCUGCCCAGUUCUGCCCCAUGGAACUCAAGGGCCCUGAGUCCUUAGGCUCCAGUCCCCGGAGAUCAGCUCCCAUCCCCUGGGCUGCCGUGGGUCGAAAGGCUGCCCCCUAUCUGAUCCUGACGGCCCUGCUGAUCUUCACUGGGGCCUUCCUCCUGGGCUAUGUGGCCUUUCGAGGGUCCUGCCAGACAUGCGGGGACUCCGUGUUGGUGGUCAGCGAGGAUGUCAACUCUGAGUUUGGCCUCGACUCCGGCCUGGGCACGUUGUACUGGAGUGACCUCCGGAACAUGUUUCUUCGGUUCCUUGGAGAGGGGCACCUGGAGGACACCAUCAGGCUGACCAGCCUCCGGGAACGCAUGGCCGGCUCAGCCAGGAUGGCCACUCUGGUGCAAGAUAUCCUCGACAUAUUCUCGAGCCACAAGCUGAACCACGUGUGGACUGACACGCACUAUGUGGGGCUUCAGCUGCCGGACCCGGCUCACCCUAACACCUUGCACUGGGUGGAUGCAGCCGGGAGUGCCCAAGAGCAGCUACCGCUGGAGGAUCCGGAAGUCUACUGUCCCUACAGCGCCACCGGCAACGCCACGGGCAAACUGGUGUACGCCCACUACGGGCGGCAGGAGGAUCUGCAGGACCUGAGAGCCCAGGGUGUGGAGCUGACCGGCAGUCUCCUGCUAGUGCGCGUUGGGAUUACCAGCUUUGCCCAGAAGGUAGCCAUUGCCCAGGACUUUGGGGCCCACGGAGUGCUGAUAUACCCGGACCCAGCAGAUUUCUCCCAGGACCCUCACAAACCAGGCCUAUCCAGCCACCAGGCUGUAUAUGGACAUGUGCACCUGGGAACUGGAGACCCUUAUACGCCUGGCUUCCCUUCCUUCAAUCAAACCCAGUUCCCUCCUGUAGAAUCAUCAGGCCUUCCCAGUAUCCCCGCCCAGCCCAUCAGUGCAGACAUUGCUGAACGCUUGCUCAGGAAACUCAAAGGCCCUGUGGCCCCCAAGGAAUGGAAAGGCCGCCUUUCAGUCACUCCUUAUCGGCUAGGACCUGGGCCACGCCUGCGUCUGGUGGUCAACAACCACAGGGCUUCGACUCCCAUCAGCAACAUCUUUGCCUGCAUCGAGGGCUUCGCAGAGCCAGAUCACUAUGUUGUUAUCGGGGCCCAGAGGGACGCCUGGGGGCCAGGAGCAGCCAAGUCUGCAGUGGGGACUGCCAUCCUGCUGGAGCUGGUGCGGACCUUCUCCUCCAUGGUCAGCAAUGGGUUCAAACCUCGAAGAAGCCUCUUGUUCAUCAGUUGGGAUGGAGGAGACUUUGGCAGUGUGGGAUCCAUGGAGUGGUUGGAGGGCUAUCUCAGCGUGCUACACCUCAAAGCCGUAGUGUACGUGAGCCUGGACAACUCAGUGUUGGGAGAUGGCAAAUUUCACGCCAAGACCAGCCCCCUUCUGAUCAGCCUCAUUGAGAACAUCCUGAAGCAGGUGGAUUCCCCUAACCACAGCGGACAGACGCUCUAUGAGCAAGUGCAGCUCACCAAUCCCAACUGGGAUUCCGAAGUGAUUCGGCCCCUGCCCAUGGACAGCAGUGCAUAUUCCUUCACGGCUUUUGCGGGGGUCCCGGCUGUGGAGUUCUCCUUCAUGGAGAAUGAUCGGGAGUACCCGUUCCUGCACACGAAGGAGGACACCUAUGAGAAUCUGCACAAGACGCUGCGAGGUCGCCUGCCCGCCGUGGCCCAGGCAGUGGCUCAGCUCGCGGGCCAGCUACUCAUCCGACUGAGUCACGAUCACCUGCUGCCGUUCGACUUUGGCCGCUAUGGGGAUGUGGUCCUCAGGCACAUCGGCAACCUCAACGAGUUCUCUGGGGACCUCAAGGCCCGCGGACUGACCCUGCAGUGGGUGUACUCCGCGAGGGGGGACUACAUCCGGGCGGCGGAGAAGCUGCGGAAGGAGAUUUACAGCUCGGAGCAGAGCGACGAGCGUCUGAUGCGCAUGUACAACGUGCGCAUCAUGAGGGUGGAGUUCUACUGCCUGUCCCAGUAUGUGUCGCCGGCGGACUCUCCAUUCCGCCACAUCUUCCUGGGCCAAGGCGACCACACUUUGGGUGCCCUGCUCGACCACCUGCGGAUGCUGCGCUCCGAUGGCUUCAAGACCAACUCCUCCGGACUGGCACCAGGUCUGGGGUUCCAAGAGAGCCGUUUUCGGCGCCAGCUGGCGCUGCUCACGUGGACGCUGCAGGGGGCAGCCAACGCGCUCAGCGGCGAUGUCUGGAACAUAGACAAUAACUUUUGACGUGCGAAGCCCUACCUGAGUUCGAAAUGAUUCUCCUGUCUCCCUAUUUGAGUGGUGCAGGCGAAAGGAGGUGCCCCAUUAACACCCUUGGCCCUGCAAUGUAGGAGAGUCUUAUUUUCUCAGUGUGACCGUCUCUUAUCCAGAAAGUGGCUUUCCAUUACUGGUCCUUCUGCCUUCAGGAGCAAAGUCCUCCCUAUCUAGAGACGACCUAGACUGGGAUCUGUCUGGAUCUCUUAGUGGGUGGUCUCUGGUGGGAGACCCAAGGGAAUUAGAUGUCAAUAAACAAACCGUAACAUCUGU